AUGAGCGGCGGUGCCGGUGUCGAUUGGCACGAUGAGAUGGACAUCCCAAAAAUGGAGUUGCUCAACGCUGCCUAUGAAGGGAACAUUACUAAGGUAGGUGAGUUGCUUCGAAUGGGAGUGAACAUCGACUCGUACGAUGAUGAUCAUGUAACAGCUCUGCAAAUAGCAGCCUUCAAUGGGAACAAUGCAAUGGUUACGUACUUGUUGGAUGAAGGAGCUGAUCUUGAGGCUUGUAAUCAAGUUGGCAUGACACCAUUCCACCAUGCAUGCCGAGAAGGCCGGAUGACCGUCGUUGAGACGCUGCUUCAACGAGGAGCCGAUAUUCAUCGAACAACAUUCAUGGGAGCGACGGCGCUAACCCUGGCAGCUGCUGGAGCCCAUCUUCAUGUCGUUAAAAAGUUGGUGUCCCUUCGUCUGGAAGUCUCGCCUCCAACAAUGGGCUUAUGUCCGACGCCACUGAUCGCCGCUGCUUUUCGAAGUAGCCCUCAAAUAUGUGGAUUUCUUAUUCAUCGGGGAGCGCCGAUCGACGAGACCUUAGAUUCAUUACUUGGCCUCUCGGCACUGUCAUGUGUCCUGAUGUGCUCUUCGACGAGCGUAUUUUGCGCCCUUUUAGAUUUGGGAGCGGAUCCAACGAAGAAGACGUUAAAGAAGAAGACUGCCGCCGAACUUGCCGAACAGUUCAAACGCCACGAUGUGUUGGCGAUUUUGGCUGAUAAGAGCCGUAUCAGACAUCAUGAUCGCAUAGCCGUAGGCGAUAUUCGUCAGCUUAUCGCCGAAAAUCAACUGGACAGUGCGGAAUUCACACGUGGCAAGCAGACACCGUUAGCGGAAGGUGCUACUCCACUGAUGUUUGCCGUCGCUGUGGGCAAUGAGCGAGCGGUAUCGUUUUAA